CCGGGCUCGGCAGACUCUCUGAUUAUGUGCUGCUAACGCUACGCAGCUAAGGUUACCGUGUGGAUUCUAACAGAAGUAUUAUUAUCGUUUAAUGAUUACAACGUUAUGGGGAGAGUACACCAAAAGCCGUGACGAAUUUAUCAGGUUACCUUUCCCUGGCGGCUUUGUUAGCUGCGGAGAUUUCCGUUGUUUGCUGACUAGCAAGUUUCAAAGUUAGCUAACUUAUCAUUGAACGUUACGUUAGAGCUUCAUGGCGCGAGGUCGAAAAAGAGGUGGAAUGUAUGAUCCUCAUGGCAGCGGACCCCGCUUCCCGUUGUAUCAACAGGGGCCUCCCCAGCCAGAGCGACAUUGGAUGGGGCCACCACAUUGCGAUGAUCCUGGUCAAAACUUCAUGCACGAACCUCCACCGAGGUACCGGAUGCCUAUGGGGCGAAUGUCCGAACCACAUGUCCACGCUGGUCCAAGACCAAUUCAUCAUCCAGUGGAUAUACAGCCGAUGGAUUGUGGUCCUAAUAAUGACACUGACUUGCGUUUCAGUCAAGGCCCUUAUGCGAACGAUUACCAUUCAGAAGCGGAUCGUCCACCGAUGGAUAGCAGACAUUAUCCUCCGAGGAUGUAUGAACAGGGUCUGGAAGGGGAUCGUGAGUUUGAGCCUGUGGAGCGAAGAUUACCCAGGCCGAUAGAUUUCGAAACUGGACCGAAUCGGUAUAGACCUGUGGAGCAUGGUCAUGGACAUGUAGAUCCCCACUUUGCACCGACAACGUCUAAUUUCGGACCAGACAGGCGUCAGUUUGGACCUGGGGGUCAUUUUGGACCGAUGGACCCUGCCUUUGGUCCAGAUUCGCGUCAGCCUGGACCAGGGGACCACUUUGUACCGAUGGAUCCAGACUUUGGGCCAGAUACGCGCCAGUGUGGACCAGGGGGUCACCUCGGACCGAUGGAGUCUGACUAUGGGCAAGAUUCGCGUCGGUAUGGACCAGGAGAUCGCUUUCGACCAAUGGAGCCUGGCUUUGCGCCAGAUUCGCGUCAGUGUGGACCAGGGGGUAGCUUUGGCCCGAUGGAGUCUGACUUUGGGCCAGAUGCACGUCAGCGUGCACCAGGGGAUCACUUUGGAGGGAUGGAGUCUGAUUUUGGGCCGGAUACGCGUCAGCGUGGACCAGUGGAUCACAUUGGAACGAUGGCGUCUGAAUUCGGCCCAGAUUCGCGUCAGCGUGGACCAGGGGGUCGCUUUGGAGCGAUGGAGCUUGACUUUGGGCCAGAUUCACAUCAGCGUGGACCAGGAGAGCACUUUGGACCGAUGGAGUCUGACUUAGGCCCAGACUCGUUUCAGCAUGGACCAGGGGGUCGCUUUGGACCGAUGGAGUCUGACUUCGGCCAAGAUUCGCGUCAGCGUGGACCAGGGAGUCGCUUUGAACCAGUGAAUCCUCACUUUGCUCUGGGGGAGGAUCAUUACACGCGUGUGGGCGCUCGUCUUGGACCCAUCGAUGAUCGUGUUCGACCGUUUGAUCCUGAUUCCGAAAUGGAAGAGGAUAAUUUUAUCCGUGACGAGCAAUUACUUGACACUGUCGCUGCGGAAGAGGAGAGUUUUAUACCUGUAGAUCAAAUGCUUGUCAAUGUCGGUCCGGUCGAACGGACCGUUAUCAUUGGUUCAGCUGUGGACAACCGAGACUUUGAGUUGGACAGACAGUUUGACCACGCGUCUCCUCUCUUUCCAAUCGAGGGUGGAGACCCUCCCCUUGUUCUUUCUGCCCCCUUGCCUGGGCUGGGGCCUUCUGCACCGCCUUCAAUGCCCACGCCAGAGCAGCCUCCUCAGGACGGUACCGCGGCCCCAGGGGCGAAGCCUAAAGUCACAGCCAAGGCUGCAGCCAACGCUCAACCAAAGCCUCCCCCAGGGCGCUCCACAGGGGUCCUCUCCUUCAUAGGGGAUAACAACGGCGUGAUUGAAAGGGACGAUCUGAAGAGGUUUUCCUUCAGCUUUAGUGUUUUUGUGGGCAACAUCAAAAACUUGGUUCCUGGAGUGAAGGUCCAUUUCACCGUCUACAAAAACAAGAAGAAGCAGGAGUUUGCCACGGAUGUGAUCAUUCCUCCAGGAGGCACGGAGGAGCUGGACAGUGAGGAGUUCCCCGGAGUCCUCAACAAGCAGGAUUCCAAAGGAGGAUUGAUCGAAGCGACCCUGUUUGGUAAGGUCCUGGUGUUGCCGUUCGGCAAGGCCGACUCUAAAUGGACGCUCUUCAUGAACGACCGUGUGAGCUUCCAGGUGGUUACUGACCUCGUGACGAGAGCAAAGAGAGCCGCCAACGUCAAGCCACAGUUCCCCCUGACGGUCCAGUUCACCAGAGAGAAGAGAGAGAUGGGUGUGAUCAUGAACAUGAAGGAGGGUUCCUGCUCCAUCAUGUCGGAGAACCAUAGCAGCCUCCAGGCCGACGUCAGAGAGAACCUGAGUGAGGGAGAGCUGUCGGUCAUGGACGAGGUGGAGUUCACCGCUCUCCCGGAGGGGGCAGUUCGAUUGCUGAAGCUUCCAGCAGGUACCGUGACCUUCCAUUCGAGUGCCAAAAACAGAGAGAUGAAGCAGAUGAGCGAGGUGAAUGCCUCCAUGAAGAGCAAGUGGAAGCCCUUUGGAUCAGAGGCAACGGUGGAAAAGGAAAUCGUGGAGGAUGUCUGCAGCGAGCUGUUUGAGGGAACAGUGCUUCGACUCCCAGCAAACGACAAGGAGGGUGCCAACAAUUUGGUGUUUAAUAUGAACAAGGAGUUUCUGUUGGGCAGUUUGCAAGCGUUUGUGGAGGGAGUGGAGAAGAAGCUGAGCUUCAGUGCAGACGAUGUGCUAACGAAGGCCACCAUGCUGGUUGGGGAUAAAGUUCAGUUUAAAAUAUCCACCAACCUCAAGACCAAGGCACAGAGGGCCGUCAACGUGGAGAUCCUGGCCGACACCUUUGAGUGCGAUCACACAGAGGAACAACGUAAAAUAGGCGUUGUUGUUGGCCUUAGUAAUAUCUUUGAGUUUGGAUACAUCAAGUACCCGCAGGACCCUGAACUGUACUUUAAAUUCUGUGAGGUGAUGGAGGAGAAGGAGCUCUCCCUCUUAGAGAAGGUGGAGUUCACUGUUGUGCCGAAAAGCACAUCUGAAGCUGGCGAUCAAGCCAUCAGGGUCAGGAGGUUGGCCGAUCGCGUAUUCAUCCCGGCUCCAAAGCUAGAGGGUCUGGGGACUGCAGAGAAAGAGAAGAAGAAGAUGACCAUCAAUCUUCUGAAGGACUCGGUACAGACGCAGCAUGCAGGAAUCAAGCCUGACCCAGAGGGUCCGAACAUUGCUAAGACAGAAGAGCAGCCUGUCUGUACUAAAAAUGCUGCUGUGGUAACAAAGGAUGCUACGAAGGGGGACCUGAGUGAAGCCAAGCAGUUCACUAAAAAUACUGUAACAAAAGAGGCUAUGCAAGGGGGAGUGCAUGAGGCCAAGCUGUCCAAGACCAAAGAGGAGUCAGGGGAAAAGGAAAAGAGCAGCAGCCAGAAAAAUGUCAGCACGAGCCAGGACAGUGAUGGCAGGUCUGAAGAUCACCUGAGUCACCAAAGCUCAAGUAAAGAAGGGAAACAAGGAGAGAGCAAGGACAGGAGUGAUAGGGGCUGGAGAGGUCGCAGCAGGAGUAAAGAGAAGUCUCCUAGGCACAAGCAGAGCAGGAGCAGGAGCAAGGAGAGGAACAGUGACAGAUCAAUUGUGCAGUCCAAGAGCAAAGAGGAUUCUGGGAAAAAGGAGAAGACUAGUAGCAAUAGUCAGAAAAAUGGAAAUAGCAGCAGCAGCAGUAGAAACGAGGACAGGAGUGGCCGGUCCGAUCAUCGGAGUCGGCGAAGCUCAAGCAGAGAAGGGAGACAAGGAGAUAAUAAGGAGAGGAGCGACAAAGACAGAAGUCGCAGCAGGAGCAGAGACCGCUCCCACAGGAGUCGCAGUCGGAGUCGGAGUCACAGUAGAAGCCGAAGCAGAAGCCGGGACAGGGGAAGCAGAGCUGAUAGACAUCCGAGUCACCGUAGCUCAAGCAAAGAAAGGAGACGAGGAGGAAGCAAAGAGAGGACCAAUAGAGACAGGAGAAGUCGCAGCAAGAGCAGAGAGCGGUCUACCAGGCACAAGCAUAGUAGGAGCAGAAGCAAGGAGAGGAGUAGGGACAGGGAUAGAGAGAGAAACAGAGAGAGGGACCGAGACAAAGAUCGGGGCAGGAGGAAGAGCCACAGCCCAGAGCGUAAAGAUGAGAAGAGAGGAAAGAGAAGCAGCAGUAUGGAGCGGUCCUCCAGGAAGCGGAGCAGAAGUAGCAGCCCCAAGAGAAAGACUGCAACCGCAACUGCACCUGCAACAGCCACAUCAAAACCCCCCUUAAGUUCUGGGUCAUUUAGUAAGAAUCAGCCAGCUCCAGUACUGACCAGUGUAAGUGCCAAAGGAGGAGUGGCAAGGUCUGGGAUUGUGGACGAGGAACUGGCACGCAAGAAGAGAGAACUGGAAGAGCUUAACGAGUUGAUCGCUCGGAAGAGAGCAAUUGUGGCCUUGGAACAGAAGAAACGAGCACCAGUUAUUGAUCCUAAAGAACAGACUGGUUGGAGUUCUCAGGCCUUGCUUGCAGACAAAAAGGAGAUUCCGAAAUGGUUGCCACCCUCCAGUCUUGAUCGCAACCAAGAUGUCAAAUUGCCGACUACACCAAUCAAAUCCAUUUUGAAGAAACCCAAGCAAUCGUUCCUGGAGGUCACAUCUUCUCCUAAGGAUGAAGGAGGGACAGUACCCCUGAAACCCUCAGUUUCCCAACUGCCCACUGGCCAGCUCUUUCCCAUACCUGUACCCCCAGUCCGCCCUGAUCCACCUCUUCCUCGUCAGUUUGAUCUAACCUACCCAGCACAUACACUAACAUCAGUAUCUGCUCACCCUGCAGUGCUGGAGACGCCCUCAGCACCCCCCCCCUUUCACAUUACUGCGCACGCGCCUCCUCAGCGUCGCUUAAGCCCUCCUCCGCAGCAAACGGCACCCGAGGCAAAGAGUAACGCUGCUGUUCAGAUGCAGCGCUUUCUUAAGAUGCUCAACCAAGGUGUGGACUCUGGUCUGCUCUCUGCAAUGGCCAAGCAGGAGAGUGCAGUCAUCGAGCAUAAGCAUAACGUAGCCAGUCCUCCAUGCAGGGAGUUACAUAGGGACGAGCCUUAUGAUCCCUUUAUGGCCGCUGAUGAUCAGGAGUACUCUGACAAAGAUUACUUGCUGCCUCAUGAGAGGCCUGUGGAGGAUGGAAGUGGCUUCUCUCGCAUUGUUGGCAUGAAGCCAGGGCUGUAUGUGGAAGACCAGUUCCUCAAAAAGAGCAAUGUGGAGGAGGAAGAGAACUACCUUUAUGGUGACCCUGUGGCAGGAGAUGAACACAAUGACCGGUACAGGCAAGGCCUUCAACAAUAUAAGAGCUCAGUACCACCUGAGCAAUCCAGAGAAGAAAUAAUGUCUAGACAGACUCAAUACCAAGAAAUACCAGCAUUGGCAGCACCUGCUGGUAAACAAAAAGACAAAGAGCAGACUUUUGAUGGAAUUCAGAACCUCAUCAAUAUCCUAGGUAUAGAACUAAAUUCUUCUGAUGUUAGCAAGCUGACAGACAGGACAAGAGAGCGUCUUUAUGGCGGCAAGACAGCCACAGUGUCAUCGGAACACCAAAAGCGUAAACAUUCCCCAAGUCGGCACAGGAGUCGGACGGCCUCGUCGGACUCGGACCAAUUUCGGUCAGCCUCUCCUGAUAAGCCGACCAAACGGCAGGUGUUCAUGAGCUUCCGAGAUCAGCCACAACAGGACACUGAACAUGACUUGCACAAAGGGAAGAAAAUGAAGAGCCUGGAUCUCCGUGGGCUGACGAGGACUAUCAAGAAUGCACCAGAGAGCCCUACACUAGAAUCCCCAGAAUCAACAGCAGGGUCACAGUCAUCUACUCUCCGGCCUGAUCCAUCUCAAGCUCCAACUGUCCCAGACUAUGCAUACCCUUACGCAGGACUUUCAUAUGCUGAGCCCUCUUACACCUCCAACCCAUAUGUUAUUGAUCAUGCUGGAAUGCCUCCGCCUCCACCUCCACCAAGUGCUUAUAACCCUUACACCUUGGGAGCAGGGCCGACAUAUCCACCUCCCCUGACAUAUCCACCACAUCCUCCUCCUGUCAUGCCCUUUAUGGGGAUUCCUGGCCCUGGUCUCCCACAACCACUACCACCCCUGCCUUCAUCUUCCUCAUACUCUCCUGUCCUCUAUACCCCUAACCCUUCCUGCAGUCAUUCUUAUGGGGAACCUCAGCUCCCAGCGACUGCUGUAAUCCCCAUCCUACGCUCCCAGCCCACCAAGAACAUUGAACAAAUCAGCACUGUGAAGCCUCGCUGCCUCAAAGUCAUUGAAACAACUGCUUCACCGGUUAAAGAGAGACAAACUGCAAGCAACACAAUAUUAAUUCAAACAAAACCGACACUAACAGAGGAGGGUGUAAAGGAGAGGCAGAAGAAGAGGCUGGAGCAGAUCAACCUGAGACUGAAGGAGAAAAACCAGAAGCUCAUGGAAGCUAGACGGGCUAAGAAAAACGAGUCUACAACAGGCUCCUCAGGAAGCAACGCCUCUGAAGACUUCUCUUGGCAGCCGUUGUUGUGUUGGAGGACCACAAAAUGUCUUUUGGACACCUAGGAAUCUGAAGCUCUGGACUGCCUCUACCCUUUCAUGGUUGAUUCUGAUGGAAUGGCUAUCGUUGUUUCUGUCUCUAAGUUCAUUAUUAGAUUUACUUUUUUGGGGGAUGGGAGUGACGAAAGCAAGGUUGUUCAAAUUCUACAUUUUCAACUUCGACAACAAUAUUAUCACAAUAUACUCUACAGGAAAAUUAGACAAAAUAGAAAAAAUUAGGGCUGAAUGAUUUGGAGAAAAUAUCUAGUAGCGAUUUGAUUUCAAUUAAUGUUUUCACCUCUGUCAGUUGGUUGAUUUGAUUGCGCUACAAAUACUGGUCCAUCAUUUUCAUGACAUUUACUGCUAAUUCUAAACUUUCAUUCUUGUUUGAGAAAGGGUUGGGAUGCGUUUCAGCUAGAUCAGGGGUUUUCAACCAGUGGUCCGCGGCCCACUUGUGGACCGUGAGGACUUUGCUAGUGGUCCGUGACCAUGGAUUCAGUAAUGUAGUAUCAAUGUGGGAAUCAGUUAUUCAGUGGUGGUCCUGGGGUUACGUAAUUAGUAAGAAUGGUGGUCCCUGGUUCACAAGCAGUUGCAAACCCCCGAGCUAGAUAGUGGCCUUUGGGUUGAGUAAUGGAGCAGUGAUGCCUGCAGGGAACGUUGCGCCCAAAGUGGAAAUGCUGUUUAGAGGGGGGGGGGUUGUGACUGCACUGAAAUGGUGACAUGCCUUACUUUGUUUAGAAAUCGGGCAACAGUGGCGCUUGGUUUUUGAACUUUCCUAGGUGAGCAAACAAGGUUACAGGGGCCUUUGAGGGAAAGAACUAGGUUCCUAGUUACUGUUGAAUACAUUUAGGUUAGCUUAGCAUAACUUGCCCUACCUAGCUUAACAAGCUCAUACUAGCCACACAUACUUGUAUCUUCAGGGGCCUAAAAUCACCCUUCACUUUAAGGGUGUGUUCACACCAAACAGUCAGGAUAAGAACAUUACCGUCCUACUCCACGCAACCUUCCAUCCUUUUUGUUAGUAAUGAUAAUACCAUGUCUUUAUUUGGUGUCAAGUGUUUGUCAUCACACCAUUCAAACUCAAAAACGUCAGCCUUUAAAAGCCAUGUUUGUGCUGUUAGCAUGUAGACUAGUCCAUAGCUCAGUUUAAGAAAGGGGUGUGAGGGAGGUUCUUUAGACACAUGAUGGUACUCUGGGCAUGUCCGGGGUAAUAGAUCCAGGACAGAAGUGCGCUUCAGUGUCCAUUAGGCAACGUGUAGGCUGAAGCUAACGCAGUGUACUGUGCUGUUGCAAUCUUGCAGGCAAUGUUUCCAGUGAAGAGGUUAAGAAUGUCUGGAUUUGCGGUCACUCUCUUGUGACGUGGGCCGAGAAAAUCUCCAGACAGUCUCCAGAGGUUGCUAUGCCUCUUAGCAUGGACCCCGACAGCGUGCGCAUUCAGUGGAAA